AUAUUAAAAUCCUAAAAGUGAAUGAAUGCAAAUAAAAAAGUCUUAGAAAAUAAUCUUAAAAUUUCUUAAAAAAAGUUAUUAAAAAAACAUUAAAAAAAAACAAAUUCAAAGAAAGAUUUAAACAUCUCUGUGAUAAUUAUUGUAAAUUUAUAAACUUAUUAAUUAAUGGAAUCUUUAGAAAUGCAAAUUUAAUACAAAAAAGAAAAAGAAACAAAACUUCUUAUAUAAAUUAAAAAAAAGGAAAAUAUUUAACCAUACGAAGCUAAAAAUAUAAUAAUAGAAAAAAAAAAAAAACAAAAGAACAUAAGCCUAAAAAAUUAACUUAGAUUAUUAAGAGAAAAACAGAAAAUAAUAAUAAUAAAAAAAAACAAAAAUACAAGAUAAUGAAACAUUGAAACAAAUUCGUGAUAUCUUAAAGGACUUCGAUACAUAUACUAUAGUAUAUAUUAUAUAUUAAAAUAAUGAAUAAUUAAUUAAUUAAUAAAAACAAAAAAAUAAAACAAAUAAUAUAAAAAUAAAACAAAAUAUAUUAUAAACUAUAAGUUUUAAGCUUAUAAGUAAUAAACUAAAAAAAAAACAAAAACAAUUGGAAAUUAUUAAAUACUAAACAAAAACAUACAAGAAAUCCCUUAGUCUAAUUCAAGACUUAAAUAAUGUAAUUUUAAAAAUUAAAUAAAAAAGAGAAAAAAAACAAUAUUAUAAUUAUAUUAACCUUCUUAUAUAAUUAUAUUAAAAUUAAAAACCCUCAAGUGUUUUUUAAACACAGACCACGCCAAAAAUCUAAAUUUAAAACAACAACAACAACAAAAACAAUAAACUUAUGAAAAUUUUAAAAAGAGUAAUUCUACAAUUCUCAAAUUUUACUUCAAGUAUUUAAAACAAAAAAGAACUUGCAUCUGAUCCCAAAGAUUUAUUUUUCCAAAACUGUGUUUUUAAUUUCAAAAAUAAUAUAAUAAUAAUAAUAUUUAUAAAAAAAAUAUAUAACUCAACCUAAUAAAACUAAUUUAUAAUACCAAGCAAUAUUAUUGAAAAACAAAAAGAAAAUAUAAAACUAGUUUAGAACACAAACAAACAAGUUCCAAUUUAAAAGUAAUUUUAAAAAGACUUAUAAAAAACCGCCGUAAACGCGUUAAGAAUUUCACGCAUUUCUCAAUCGCCAUUUAACAAAAAAAAUUCAAUUUCGUCUCUAAACUUCUGUGGACAUUUCAUUUUGAAUAUUCUUAAUAAAAGUGUAAUUCAGUGCCUCUCAUUAUAAAUAAAAACAAAAAUAUAAAAACAAAUUUAAAUACUAAUAAAAAAAAGAGAAAACAGAAUUAAAAAAUAAAAUAAAUGAAACAAUAAAAACAAACCCAGUGUAUUUGUGUGUGCAAUCAUCCCUAUCGACCCAUUUUAAAUCAAACAAUUUAGCAGUUUUAAUUUCAACAACAGCCGGUAAUUUUUAUUCUUCAUCCUCCUCCUUACUUUUCUUCUAUUAUAUUCCUAUUGGGUUUGUUAGCUGAUUUCUUGGUCAGUAUGAACACUCAGUCGAAAGGAUAUCGCACAGGGGAAGAAAUCUAUGAUAACUUACCCUGUGAUGGAUUUUUCAACAUGAAUGCCAUGCGUAAUUUGAAUAUUUCGAAUAAUUUCCCCCCAAUCGGCACGUUUUCUUUGGAAGCUUUGGGUCCGCAAACUCCUCAAUCUCAAUCUCAACCCCAGCAUCAUCACCAGCAACAACAACAGCAGCAGCAGCAACAUCAUCAUCAUCAACAGCAGGGACCACCACCAAUGACUCAACAUCGUACCAUUGGUAUGUUCGAUGCUAAUGAGGUACCGGAAGUUAUACAAAAUCCGGCAACUAUAGGGGUCUUUCAAUCGAAUAGUGUUUUGACCAAUGGUAGUGGUAACAAUUCCAACUCAAUCUUUGGUUCUCAAUCGAACUCAUCUUCUUCGGCUGCCAACGAUCCGAAUCAGGCAACUCGUGAGACUGGUAUAAUCGAAAAACUAUUGCAUUCUUAUGGAUUCAUUCAAUGCUGUGAGCGUCAAGCUCGUUUGUUUUUCCAUUUUUCUCAAUUCAGUGGCAACAUUGAUCAUUUAAAAAUCGGUGAUCCAGUUGAAUUCGAAAUGACAUAUGAUCGUCGUACUGGAAAGCCAAUUGCUAGUCAAGUUUCGAAAAUUGCACCAGAAGUUGUUCUUUCUGAGGAGCGUGUUACUGGUACGGUUACAACUGAAUUACGCGUUGAUAGUUCCAAUAAUUUAUUGUCAUCAAGUGAAACUACUGGACGCAUUAGUUACGAGAAUCGUGGUGAAUGUUUUUUCUUGCCCUAUACCAAAGAUGAUGUUGAGGGCAAUGUCAACUUGAGAGCCGGUGAUAAAGUCAGCUUUCAGAUUGCAACCAACCAAAGAGGAAACUUGGGAGCUUGCCAUAUUCGUUUGGAAAAUCCAGCACAACCAGUUAAAUACCGUGGUGUUGUUUGUUCAAUGAAGGAAUCAUUUGGGUUCAUUGAACGUGCUGAUGUUGUUAAAGAAAUUUUCUUUCACUUCUCCGAAGCGGAGGGCAAUGUUGAAUUACGUCCUGGUGAUGAUGUCGAAUUCACUAUUCAAACACGUAGUGGACGUGAGUUUGCAUGCAACAUUACUCGUUUGCCACCUGGUUCGGUAAUAUUUGAAGAUGUGGAUACCACUAUUUACAAGGGACAAGUGUUGAAGCCCUUAGAUCGUAAUAAUCCUGCUAGGCAAACGAAUGAUCCUUUGCCAGGCCGCAUACGCUAUAGAGCACCAGACUAUUCAGAAGUUGAGGUACCAUUUGGCGACAAAGACCAAAAGGGAGAUUUUACAUUGCGCCAUGGAGAUUGGGUUCAAUUUUUAUUGGCCACAGAUCGACGCGAUCAAUUGCAACGUGCCACAUCAAUUUCUUUGCUUGAUGAAACUUUUAAAGUAUCGGGCGAAAAGCGUGAACAAGGUGUUAUAUCCUCUUUGAAAGAAGGUUUUGGUUUCAUACGAUGCGUUGAACGUAAUGUUCGUAUAUUUUUCCACUACACCGAAAUUUUGGACACGAGCCGUGAAAUUGCUCUAAAUGAUGAGGUUGAAUUUACUGUGGUUCAAGAGCAAGGUGUCCCAUAUAAUACAUCACGUUUGCAUGGCAUACGUAUUAAGCAUUUACCAACCGGUACUGUGCAAUUUGAAACAUUAAUGGCCAGCAAUAUUGAGGGUUACAUUACCCGUGAAGCUCCCAAGAGCCCAGUAAAAUCUCAAGAUCGCGUUGAGGGCGGUGUUAUUACCUACGAGCAUGGCGAACUUAAAAAGACUAUUAUGUAUUUCCUUAAAGACUGCGAAAAACCACCAAGAAUCGGAGAUCGUGUGCGUUUUGAUAUUUAUUUGGUAAAAAGAAAUAAAGAAUUGAUUGCUGUAAAUGUACAAAAUUUGCAUAAUGCAUUGCAACCAGGAAUGCAAACAUUGCAUCAGGCGCAAUUAACAACUCAACAGCAGCAGCAGCAACAGCCACAACUUCUUCAGCAACAACCUUUACAACAAAUGGCAACUAAUACAACGAAUCCACAACAACCAUUAACAACAGCAACAUCACAACAUCAUCUUCAUAUCCACAAUCCAAAUAACGAUCCAGCAAUUAUUCACACCAAUGGCAUUAUUAAUGCUGUAAGUGGAGUGGGAGUUGGAGUAGGCGGCAUGAUAAUGCCCCAGAAUGGCUACUUAACCAUGGGAAAUAAUCAAAUGAUGACUCCAACAACACCAAAGAUAGAAGAUUUUAAUAAAUUGGAAAAUAAUAAUUCAAUGUCAAACUCUGAAACCGGUCAAGUUGUUUAUCGCGGCUUCAUCGCCGUAAUCAAGGAGAAUUUUGGUUUCAUUGAAACCUUGUCGCAUGAUGAAGAAGUCUUCUUUCAUUUCAGCAACUAUGUCGGCAAUCCCAAUUGGUUGGAACUGGGCCAAGAGGUCGAAUACACUUUGUCGCCCAACGGCAAUACGUCUGUGUCGGGCAAUUGCUUGCCAGCCGAAAAUGUACGCACUUUAGCCAAGGGCUCUAUACCACAGCCGGCUGUGUUAGAGGGAGUCCACAAUGGGGUUGUAGCUCGUCCUUUACGCUGCAUUAAUCCCGACCAGCAAGAGUAUGCUGGUCUCAUUGAAGUCUUGGAUGAGACUCGAAGCCAAGUGUUGUCACAACAUGAAUUCGGCAUCACUAGUUUGGUUAACAAACGUGAUUUGUUACAGAAGGGUGACUUGGUCAGUUUCAAAAUCGAUGAAACUGGUCGUGCAGCUGACAUCACAGCCGUUCGUCAAAAGAAGCGUGCCACCGUUGAUUCCAUUAAAGGUCAAUUUGGUUUUCUCAACUAUGAAAUUGAAGAUGGUAAGAAACUUUUCUUCCACAUGUCUGAAGUACAAGGUAAUGCUGUAUCUUUACAUCCCGGUGACACUGUUGAGUUCUCUGUUGUUACAAACCAGCGUAAUGGCAAAUCUUCGGCUUGCAAUGUUUUAAAAAUAAACGAUCGUCCUGACCGUUUGAUCUCUCGUCUAAAAUUAACCGAUGAUACAUUGCCACGUUUGAUUGUUAUUAGAGCUCCAAAAGGCCCACAGGGAAAAGGUUUCUCGCCUCAAGCAAGAUUACAAAAAAUUCCAGGUAUAUUGGUUGAGUAAAUGUCAUCAAAGAACAAAUAAAAGGCAAAGAAGGGAGGGAUUUAAUGACUGAAGAGUAGUUGCCGCAAACAAUGAAUGAAUGAAUUAAACUAGAGAGAGGGAGCCAUUUGGAAGAAGUUAAACAAUACCAACAACAACAAAUAAAACAUAAACUGCUAUAAUCUGAUAAAUAAAAAAGAAUCACUGCUAAACAUAAUACAAGUAUAAACAAAAAUAAAAUAAAUCUAUUUAUAUCCUAUUCAACAGUUAUUUAUGCAAUUAAAACCGAGGGAGAAACAAAAAUUAAAUUUUAAUAAUUGAAGAUAAAGAAUUAUGUAGAAGAAACUCAUACUCGUACACACACACACACUUACACACACAAAACACAUUUCUUACAUUAACUUUCCAUAUAUGAAGUAUAAAAAAAAGUAAUAAAAUGAUGAACAAAAACAAAAUAUUGAACAGAAUUGAGUAUUUAUUAUUAAUAUGCAUAAGAAAAAUUACAAUAAAUAAAAAAAUAAAAAAAUAUUAUAUACAUUUAAUGAAAAAACAAACAAACAAAUAAACAGAAAACAAUUACAAUUUAAAAACGUAACGAAACAUUAUCUAUAUUCUAAACGAUACAAAUUAAAACAACAAAAAACAUUAAAGAACAAAACUUAUGAACAUCGAUAUGAUACCAUACGAUACAAUUUUUAUAAUAUAUAGAUGAUUAAAUAUAUUAACUCUUAUUUUUUUCUUUUUUAAUUUAUUUCCGUUUUUUUCGUUACUUUUCCUUUAAAACUUAAAACAAAAUAAAAAAAACUACACACAACAACUAUACUAUUAACUCAAUAAUAUAAAUACAGCAACAACAAUACACAUAUAAUAAAAGAAAAAUGCAAUGAAAGUACAGAAGAUUGAUGAUUAUGAUGAGGGCGAAAGAUGGCACAGAGUGGCACACUCAUAACCUUCAUUCUAAAAUAUUAUGUUUUUUUUAUUCUAUGAAAACAAAUCUUUUUAAAAUACUAAAAUAAACCAAAACAACUACUCUCUAACAGAAAACAAAAAUACUAACAAUAUAAAAAUAAAACAAAAUGGCAGCAUUAAAAACAAAUAAAAAAGAACAAUUGAAACUUACAAAAAUACAAAAAAAUUAACAUUCGCAAUAUACAGACAUAGAUAACACAUACUUAAA